UAAUAGUAGAAAUGGGAGAAUAUACUACUCCAUAAAAUAAGCAGCCCUCCCCCUCUUUUAUUUGAUUGUCUCUUUAUCUCUACACCCACUUUCCUUCUCUUCUCUUCUCUCUCUCUCUCUCCCUCCUCAUUCAUCAAAUGAAGAUCCUCUGCGACGUCUGCGGCAAGGGCGAGGCAUCCUUGUACUGCACCGCCGACGAGGCCUCCCUCUGCGCCGCCUGCGACCACCGCGUCCACCACGCCAACAAGCUCGCCGGCAAACACCAGCGCUUCUCCCUCCUCCAUCCCUCCCCCAAACACUCCCCUCUCUGCGAUAUCUGCCAGGAGAGAAGCGCGUUUCUGUUUUGCCAAGAAGAUAGAGCGAUUCUCUGCCGAGAGUGCGACGUCCCCAUUCACAAAGCCAACCAACACACGCAGAAGCACACCAGAUUCCUCCUCACCGGCGUCACCCUCUCCGCAUCUCCCUUGCCGGAAUCCGCCCCUCCCCCACCCAAGGCUACCAGUACUACUCCCCCAGCCAAGGGUACAACACCGGCAGCGCAAACGAGUAGCAUUUCCGAAUACUUGAUCGAGACGCUGCCAGGCUGGCACGUCGAGGAUCUUCUAGAUUCUUUCACCCCUUCCCCCUCCCAUUUCUGCAAGGGAAAUGAUUUGGUGCUGCCAUUUUGUGACGAUGAUCUCCACUGUAGCAGUGGAUUUCCAGCAGAAAACAUGGGAAUUUGGGUCCCUCAAGUUCAAGUGCACCAAAAUCAAAAUCAAAAUCCAAAUCAAUCAUUUCUAGUCAAUAGUAGUAGUAAUGACAAUAAUGUGGGCUUUGGAUUAGGGAUUAAUGCAAAUGGGUGCAGAGAUUCAUUCAUUGAAUUUUCCACAAAUGGCAUCAAAUCCAACAGAAAAAGAAGCGACGUCGACAACUCCUUCGCUGUUCCACAGAUCAGCCCUUCCGCAGCUGCUGCCUUCAACAAGAGAUCCAAAACAUUUUGGUGAAAUAACCAAAAAAAUCCAAUUCUUUUUUAUAACCCAUUACCAGAAAAUCAUAGAUCUGGAUUUUGUAUUCUAGUUUUCUUCGUUGCAAUUUGUGAGAUUUUUGGGCUCUAGUGUUUUGUUUUUAUCUUUAUUGUAUCCCUUUGUAAAUAUCUUCUUGUGUUUGUUGCAUUUACUAAUACUAUAUUACAAUUUACAACUCACAAUUUCACUU